CCUCACCGCACACCAUCAACACUAGCGCCAGUUUAGUUCGUUCACUUUCUUCGUGCCAAACAGUAUUGGAAGACCAAUGAGCGACACGGUACCUUUUGAUUCUGAGAAAGAGGUUGCAGCAGAGGUAUACGAUGCUGCCCUUCGCUUGCUUCGGCAAUACACAGACUUCUUGAACGCACUUGCAGCGGAAAACUUGCGGUCGUAUACGGCUAUAUCAACAUACGUGCCGGGAUCAACAAUUGGCAAGCAUGUUCGACAUGUUCUCGAUCAUUUCCGGAUACUGUUGACAGAGACGAGUAAUCAAGCGGAAGCUGUACGUCAAGUCAAGCAAGCACAGGGCAUACAUGAUGGUGACUCACCGGAGAAUGGAACGGAAAUAGUGGACGGCGCCCGGGGUGCUAUAAAGGUGAACUACGAUGAACGACAACGCGACCCCCAAGUGGAACAGGAUCCGUAUGCAGCCCUUGCCUCUAUUGAAGAAAUACGGCAAUCACUACUUCGAGUAGCCGCUUCCAAAAUGCGCCUGGACACACAUAUUGCCCUGGAAGCAACGCUGAAUCCACGCAAGCACGACGUUCCUUUCAGCUCCAGUUUUGGGCGAGAGCUCUGGUUUGUUUGCCACCACGCUAUACAUCACGCAGCCUUGCAACGUGCCAUUUGCGUCGAAUAUAACAUCCCAGUCUCGGAUGAUUUUGGUGUCGCGCCAUCAACUGUCAAGCAUCACUUGCAACACGAAAAAGCCGGACAAUAGGUUAUUGUCAUAGGGUGAAAGGCUGAAUGGACAUGUUUAUUUGGCAUUGUGUGCUAUAUACAAAUUCACCUAGGUCUCGUCCA